GCGAAACAAACGCAAACUGGCGGACAAAUCGAGACGUGGAGUUGACGGUGCAGAUGGAAGGACACCGAAUCCGACGUGUGUCCGUUGUGCUCGGCUGUUUUGACUGGCAUAAGCGGUGUCGUUGUGAAAACAUAUUGUCAUGCAGAGGUUCCUGUUGAUUCACACAAGUCAUUUGUAAAUAACACCUCGGAGCCGGAGUCGAGAAAGGGGUGACCUGCUAUGGAUACCUCAGGACCGUCUCAGCUCGACGGCAGUUCAAAUGACCCAGUGACAAACGGGGAGGAGAACCACAGUGAAGCCAGUGCAUCUCCUGCAGCCCCUCCUCAGGUAUCUGCGGCAGCAGAGUCCCCUGCCGUGACCGUUGUCCAGCUGUCCGAUGGUCAGACAGUGCAGGUCCAAGGGGUCAUCCAGGCCCCUCAGACCUCUGUCAUACAGUCACCACAAGUCCAGACUGUCCAGAUUGCUACUGUGGCAGAGCUGGAGGACGGCGAGUCAGUCGCAGACACUCGGAAGAGACGAGAGAUUCUCUCCAGGCGUCCAUCUUAUCGAAAAAUCCUCAAUGAGCUUUCAUUUGAUUCGCCGACAGUUCCCAGAAUUGAUGAAGAGAAGGCCGAGGAGGAGGUGCCGGUCUCAAGCGCAGCCUCAGCAUCAGUGCCAACCUCCAUCUACCAGACCAGCUCAGGACAGUACAUUGCGGUCACUCAAGGGAGAGCCGUCCAACUGACCAGCCCCGGAGUCGAAGCCCUUCAGGGAGCCCAGACCCCGACGGUGGCCAGCUCUCCCACCCCGCAGCCUGGAACCACCGUCGUGCAGUGUGCAGCUCAGCCUGGAGACUCUCCACAGCAGUUCUACAUCCAAGGGGGACAGGUUUUCAUCCAAGCUGCCACGGGAGACAUCCCCGCCUACCAGCUGCGGUCGCCCAACUCGGGCCUGGCUCAAAGCAUUGUGAUGGCUGCGUCCCCGGGCUCCAUACAGAGCCCCUCAUCACAACACGCUGAAGAGAUCACCCGCAAGAGGGAGGUCAGAUUGAUGAAAAACAGGGAGGCAGCUCGCGAGUGCCGCAGGAAAAAGAAAGAGUACGUCAAAUGUCUGGAAAACCGCGUGGCUGUGUUGGAAAACCAAAACAAGACCCUGAUUGAAGAGUUGAAAGCACUGAAGGACAUUUACUGCCACAAAGCUGAGUAGCAGCGGCUGUUUGUGGUCAGGGGCUGAAGACAGUGCCGCUUACAAACUGCUACAGCAAAACAAAAAAAGAAAAGACUCUGGAACAAAAACUGCUUUGACUGUCUUUGUUUCUCUGCUCACUCAGGCCUGGUUUACGCCGAAUUCAGAAGUGUCCCGGGGAAUUCGAAUAGCUUGAGCUUGCCAGUUUUGCUCUUGUUCUUAUCUUGUGCUCUUUGCAUGUGAAGACUCAAGUGUCGUACACACUAUGCUUGCUGUUGCUUUUAUGCAUGGGUGAAGCCAGCCAAUGAGAGCCAGCUGAAGAAGAGGAACAGGAAGAGGAAAUACAGGUGCUUCCUGAAAAUGCACCGCUCAAGUGCAGAGAUUACGAAAAACCUUGGUGGGUCAUCCCGGUCUCGCUACCAGCAAGUUUCUAUGAGGUCAGAAAAAGUGCACAAAAAGUUACGCAGAUCCACCAUCGGCUGCAAACCGGGCAACUCUGCCAUGUUUACCUGAUAAUGUCGUUUGUGUAAUUUAUGCUUCUUUUCUUAGUCGUUUCAUGCAUUCCUUAAUGCAAAAACACAAUUAUAGAGAAACAUCCUCAAGCAUUAUUUCAGGGAAAUGAUUUCCUGGAUGUCAUCAGCCUGUUUCCAGUUGGUAUAGAAACUCUUGAUUAGGUCAGAAAGGUUUUUCAAGAAACAUCGGUGAAGUAAAAGAAUUCAAGAUGAAAAUCCUUCUAUGUUUGGCUGUGAAUGCACAGAACUUCCCAAGAUAUUUCAUGCCAAUGUUGGGGGGGGGGCGUUAUCUGAAUCAAAAGUCCAAAAGAAUCUUCAUUUGUCAUCACUGAAGUGAGUUGAUUGUAGUAUUUGAAAUGACAGAACACAACUGAUCUUUAGUCAAAGCACAGAAAGUACAAAAGUGUCAGUGUGGAUAUUCUUAGAAUUUCUAUUCUAUUACAGUUAUUUCACAAAUUUCACUCCACAAGUUUAUAUAUUCUACAAAACAAAUGUUACCUAUUACCUUGUUGUUAAACAUGUGAAAAAUGUAGCUGUCAAUUCGAUCCUGAAAAACCUCCGUUUCGUGAAGAAACAUCUUACAAUGACUCAUAGCCCGAAGAGUAACUUUUGUGCUUCGCAGUCAUACGAGCAUCCGUUUCGUUUUUUCAAAUGAUGGAAAUCCAUUGUGGAAUAAAACAGUAUUUGAUUAUGGCUAGAUAUUAAAAUGCUCUGUUUAAAGGGUGAUGCCAAUUUCUUUUCUCUUUUCCUUUUUUUUUUAAUGUAAAGACAUUGUAUUUUAAUGAUAUUAUAUCAGCUUGUGUUAAUGUUUCUGGUGCUGGUGAUAUCAAAAGGCGCUUGCUUUCUCUGUUUCAGUUUACGUAGUUGUCGGGUUUGCUCCACCGAACACAUUUUCCUGCUAGGCCUGUAGAAAAUGAUAGACGGAGCGCUGCCUGGUGUAACAGACCGCCUCCGUUGGCCGCCAAAGCCAUUUAAGUAGCAGUUAGCUAUUUUCCGCUGUUUAGCUCAAAGACGACAGUGUGAAUCAUCCUGUGGCAGUCUCAAUUUUUACAAACCAAACCUGGACUGCUUUGUAUUCCCAAUUGAAUGCCCCUUCUUUUAAAUUGCAGAUUACAUCAGCUGAUGAUAAAAUUCAGCUUUUCUUUGAUAACAGUUGACUUGACUUCCUCUGUAUGAAGUUUUUUGCUGUUUCAGAUGGCUCCAUCUUUUACCUUGGUGAACUUCCUCGUUUGAAUCGUAAAACUGAAACUUUUUUUUGGUUUAUCUAAUAAAAUAUUCAAAUGUGA